AUGGCGGCUCGGUCCAAGGCUGCCAAGAAGAAGCGCUGUGCGACUCGGCGGUCUGCGGCUCGAACCCCUGCUGGCUCCCUGCUGGCGGGCCUCGUUGCGCUCGCGCUCGUCGCCGCGGGGUGGCACGCGCAGCCCACGACGUCCGACUAUGUCGACGGCAGCGUGCAGCCGCUGAGCGUGACUGCGAGCAGGAUGCGCGUGCGGCCGAUUCUCGCGCCCGACAACUCGCAUUACUACCUGCGACAGCUGCUGCGCUCGGCCAACACGACGCUGCUCGUCCAGCAGCAGUACAUUCAAAAGUACGCCUCGUCCCAGCCGUGGCUGCUGGACGGCAAUCCGCUGAUGCAGGGGCUCUACGAAGCCAAGCAGCGGGGUGUGGCUGUGCGGGUCAUUGUGGACGCGCUCGGAGACACUGGCGCCGGCGACGACUUCGCAGCCCCGUUCCUGAAGGCGGUCGGCAUCCAAGUCAAGUACAUGCACGAGGACUGCUACGACCAUAACAAGGGAAUUGUCGUCGACGGAAGAGUCGUCGCGGUCAGCUCCAUCAACUGGUCGGCCAACUCAAUCCGCCAAAACCGCGAGGCGGGCGUCAUUGUCGAGAGCGAGGAGAUUGCCGCGUACUUUACAGCGGCGUUCGAGUUUGACUGGGCGAAUGGGAAUGACACCAUCACGGCAGCGUCCGGCGUCAGCACCACCUACACGCCGGCCGUGGACGAUCCGUACACUGCGGCGCCAGUCUUUACGCUCGACAAUGUGCAAGUCACCGCCUUCCUCAACCCGGACAACUCGUACCCGUUCAUUACAAACUGGUGGGCGGCAGCCAACGAGACGUUUCAUGCGGAAAUGUACCAACUCACCAUCAACGACCUGACCGACCGGCUCAUCAGCAUGAAGACGAACGCGCCCUGGCUCGAUCAAACCAUCAUCAUGUCGCGAUACAGGGCGGGCGCUGAUUCGGCCACCACGGCCAACCAGGCAAAGCUCGCUGCGGCGGGCAUCGACGUCUACAAGAGCCGCAGCGACUUGAACUUUCAGCACUCCAAGUUCUGGAUGAUCAACCGCAAGAUUGUCUUUAUUUACAGUGGCAACUGGUCGGGCACCUCCAUUACGCUCAAGCCAAAGUCCACCUCUGCCAACCGCGAGUGGGGUUUGGCGUUUGAAGAUCCGUGCUUUGUUGCGUACUGGACGCAGCUCAUGUCGCAAGAUCGGCAAAGCGCGACCGUGCUUGGCUCGUACUGCUUUGGCCACUACGACUCGUGUGGAUACUGCAACGGCACGGAUGUUUGUGGGAAUGAGUGCGCCACAAGCAGCGUCAGGCCGUCCGUGGCGACGGCUAGCAUCAAGGCAACAUCGAGCACACGCGUUGUCAGUGCCAACGGGCGAUUCGCAUCGGGCCAUUUAUGCGUACACGCCGCAGAGCCAUGA